CACUACCAUUCACAUACUUUAAAAUUGUUUUUAUUUUCGGCGCGUUUUCUAAAUAGAAAGAAAUGAGUUUUUUAAGUUGCAGUAACACAGUGCACGUUGAAGUGCGUUUAAAGCGCAACGAGCAGCGGAUUCAGACCCUUCGAGCGGCAAUUGAGCCUCAAUUGAGCGCGUAUUUGCAAUCGUCAAAGUCGCUACGCUGGAAUGUCGCAUUUGCGCCAGAUUCCAACAUUGAUUCAGUGGAAAGUGUUUUGCUGGAGAAAGACAACGGAGAAAAUGGGGUCAUGCAAGAAGAAGCAAAUAAGUAUAAAUUCUGCUAUCAUUUCUAUAUGACACAGCGUCCUGAAAUGCGAUCAGGUGCCGGACUCUUUAAUGGCGGGGGAGAUGAUGAUCUUGAUAGUGUCAUCGAUGCAAAUCAUGUCUUGCUGCCCGCCACCGAAUUCGUUGGCCUCUGGGAUAACUUAAUUUACGAGGAAGGGCUUAAGGAAAAGCUGCUCAAAUUCGCGCUGUCCGCUUUGAGCUUCUCGCAGCACAAUGUGGAUAGUAAUGUGAUUGCCUGUAACCGCCUGCUACUGUUGCAUGGUCCGCCCGGCACUGGAAAAACGAGUCUGUGCAAAGCACUUGCCCAGAAGCUGGCCAUAAGGACGCAGAACAGCUUUGCUUACACUCAUCUUGUUGAGAUCAAUAGCCACAGUCUAUUCUCCAAAUGGUUCUCGGAGAGCGGCAAACUGGUAGCACGGAUAUUUGGCAAAAUCGGAGAGCUCGUGACCGACAGAAACAAUCUGGUUUGCGUGCUUAUUGAUGAAGUUGAAUCUCUGGCAUAUGCACGCAGUGCAAUGAGUAGUAAUGAGCCGCGUGAUGCCAUGAGAGUGGUUAAUGCAAUGCUAACCCAGUUGGACGAGAUUAAAUCCUGUCCAAACGUUCUCAUAUUGGCCACAUCGAAUUUGGCAAAUAGCAUUGAUUUGGCCUUCUUGGAUCGUGCGGAUAUACGUCAGUUCAUUGGCUUGCCAGCUGUCCCAGCCAUUAGAUCCAUUUACAAGUCGAUGCUGGCAGAAUUGAUGGUAAGGGGAAUUUUACAACCAGAGGACCUGGAUGGCAGUCAAGCGGAUGCCGAAGGACUGCUCACUAGUCUGGCGGAACGCAGCACUGGCUUAAGUGGUCGCACCUUGCGAAAGUUGCCGCUCUUGGCGCACGCUCAUCAUACGAGUCGGGACUUGUUUGAGCUGAAUCAAAAGAUAAGCUUAUCGGAUUUCUUGGACGCAAUGCUUUUGGCAUUGGAGCGUCACUUGACGGACCAGCGUCACUUGAUGAAAGAUACACUGCAAAAUGCCUAGAGUAAACGUUAAGUCAGUCCUGCACACAGAAACUCCUUCAACACACCCUCUUCAGUUUCUUUGUCCAUCAAGAGAGCGAUUUUUGUAAUCAUCCAUUUUGCUGAUAUAAAAACAAAAAGAAAACAAAACUGAAUACGAA